GCAAAUGCAUCUAGACAGACUACUGCAGAUUGGAGCCAAGAUGAUUCGAAUGAUAUGUGGGAGGAUCAGGAAGAGGAUGAGGAUGAAGAUGAAGGCUUAGCAGGACAGUUCUUAUCAGAUAUUCUUUCCACAAACAAGUACGAUGAGGAUUACUAUGAAGAUGAUGAAGAGGAUGAUCCAGACGCAUUAAAGGACCCUCUUUACCAAAUAGAUCUCCAGGCCUAUCUCACUGAUUUCCUGUGUCAGUUUGCGCAGCAGCCCUGCUAUGCAAUGUUUUCAGACCAUCUCAAUGAGAACGAGAAGCGAGUGUUACAGGCCAUUGGAAUAUAAACCCACUCGACAAGACCAUCCCGAUCGUAUCUGAACAAUACCUUUUUUUGCUUAUUCCACGUUUUAUGAUGAAACAUAAAACAUUUUCCAGUCUCUACCUGCGUGUUACAGGUGGGUGAUGGCCUCACUGAGCCUCUUCUUAACACGAAUCUGCGAAGGGAAGGAAAACUGAGAAAGCAGCAAGGACAGAAGUCAGGAGAGCUUUGCACGUUGGUCUCACCAUGGGAGCACUUUCAUUUUCCACAGUAACUUUCCAGGAAGUUCUUAAAGUUACAAAAAAAAGGUGUCCUUAAUCUUUUUACAAGCGGGCUGUCUCUACCUGUGAAGAGGCACUUAACUGAGUUUCCCACAGCACAGCUGGACAGAGAAAGGAACCACCGGCUCACUUACAGA